CCUACCUAGGUAAGUACCUAUCUACAAACCACUGCCCAGAGCAAACCCACCUAAUAUCAAGAUGCCGUACGAGAGCCAGGUAGCUCAGAAAUACUUUGAGGCCAACAGUCUGCGGAUCAUAGAUCAUCUCCGCAACGUCAAACUCGUCGAAGAUGUCCAAUGUCUUAAUUCCGAAGACCGGACAGCAUACCUUUCCGUUGUCCUUACUAGCUCAUAUGAUGGCACUGGUAUUAAUGACGUUAUUGGAGAUAUAGAGGCAGCCUUACUAUCAUUUGACGUCUGCGAUAACUGCACGAACACGUUGGACGACAUGUUUAGAUUCGUCGUUGUGCAGAAGACGAAUGGUGCCCACUGGAAAUACACUAAAAUAUAUUGGCUUGAGGGACUUACCGCGCCAAGUAGUGAAUACGGAGGGGAUUAA